CCACCCGAGGACUGGCAGCUUGGGGAAGGAGAAGGGGAGAGAGCCCCAGCCAAAGCUCUCCCCUCCCGGAGAGCCCAAGGAGGAGGCGGGCGGGGGAGGCUCCCUACGCCCUCCCCCUGCCGUGCACACGCACUCACACACACAUACACUCGCACUCACACACGCGCGCCCGCGCGCACGCACACACACACUCACACACUCACAGCAGUCUGCUGCCGACUACCAGCUGCGAUCUCCUUAGCUAGCUCUCGGGCGCCUGGACUCCCCAAGUCCCUGCGAAGGCUGGGGCAGGGCGCGCACGCUUCUGCCCCGGAGCCCUGCGGAGAGGCCGGCCACAGAGCUGAGUGUUCGGCCGGCUGCGGCUACGGUUUGAGGUUCUGCAGCGCUAAAGGAAGUAGCUCCAGGCGCCUGGGCAACCGAGUCCCUGGAGCAGGGGGGAGCCUGCGGUGGGGCGCGGGGCCCGACAGCGCCCGGGGCGCUCCGAAGUUGCAGGGACAAGCACCAGAUGGCAGUGGCAAGAGGAACCGGAGGGGAGCGGUGGUGGCGACAGCGGCGGCAGCAGCAGCAGCAGCAGAGGCGGCGGCGGCGGCAGCAAGAGCAGCAGCAGCCCUAGGCAGCUUCGGCUCCCCAUGCGCUGAGCUGGGCAUCGUGGAACAGGCGCCAGCAGCGCGCACGGCCCGGGGCAGCUGAGCAGAGUGCUUCGAGCGCUCAGGACUCCCCACUCCGGCACCCCGACCCCUCUUCCCUCCUCUCUCCCGGACCCGAACCGAACCUCUAUUGCCUGCCGGGGCCGGCCGCCUCCCCACCCUGCUUGCUGCCCAGAGGACUGAGAAGGGGGCGCCAGUGCGGGGUCGGGGAGGAGACGUUCCCUUCAUCGAUGUCUCGGGAGCCCCCUGAGCUUGACCCGGGGCGCCCAGUCGCCCGCUGUUAGGAGAGAGCCAGGGCACCUCAGGGAGGAGCCCAAGGGCAGAAGAAGGAAGGACCUAGAUGGGUGAAGCGAGUGAGGCAGGUGGAACUGCAGCCGCGGCGCAGAGGGGAAGGCGGAGGCCGAGAGAGUGGGGCGGGCGCAGCAAGUUCCCGUGAGAGGCAGACCCACACAGCGACCGGGAGACACCCCGAUACCAAAGAGCCGGGAAGCCCGAAGCGGCUGGAUUUGCAAAGCGCUCUCCUUCACUGCUCCUCGGUCUGCCCUGAGCACGCUGAGGGCGAAAGAUUCGUUUGAUUUGCAAAGCUUUUGUAUACACUUUGGGGCUUUCCCCUAGGAUAGGGAAAGGGUGCGCAUUCGUCCAAGAGCCCCAGGACCGUGCUAGCCGGAGCAGGGAGGGGAGGAUCUUGCAGGAAGGACCCUAGGACUUUGCCUGGGGUCCAGCCAGGAGGAGCUCCAAAGGGCCGGGCCACUGGGGUAUGGGACGGGCGGCGGCGUCUGCUCGCCCCACCUCCGACCUUCGGUUUACCAGAACCUGAAGCUACCCCAGGCUGGUGAGAGGAAAAGACUGGAGAUUUCAGCAUCCUCCCCCCCCCUCCCCGCUACGCCCCCCCUAAAGAUUUAGCAUCCCCCCCUUUUGUUGUUGUUGUUCGUUGUUCAUGACAAUUACAAAUAAGUUAAGGAAAAAAGAAAAGCCACUUCUGGAUUCCUGGUUGUGAUUGUGAAGUUACCUCGCAUCUCGGCCGGACCUCAGGACAAUAGUACAGAGAAGAAGGCAGCGACGAUGCCAGACUCACCGGCUGAGGUGAAGACGCAGUCCAGAUCCACCCCACCCAGCAUGCCACCCCCGCCUCCAGCCGUCACCCAGGGAGCCACCCGCCACCCUUCCUUCACACCAAACCCAAAUCGAGAAGAUGGGCCUCCCACGUUUCUGCCCCCUGGCCGAUUUCAUGGCUGCUUGAAAUGGUCUAUGGUCUGUCUUUCUAGAGCGAGCGAGAGAGCGAGUGCGAGCGGGAGCGAACCUCAGCAGGCGCGGGAGAGGCAGGGCUGCUGGCUUCCAGGACGACCCAAACACGGCGGGCAAGUGAUGAAUGGAAGUAGCCAUUCCCCGACAGCAAUCAAUGGAGCCCCAUCGACUCCCAACGGGUUCAGCAAUGGCCCAGCCACCUCUUCUACAGCCUCGCUGUCUAACCAGCAGCUCCCACCAGCCUGUGGCGCACGACAACUCAGCAAACUCAAACGCUUUCUUACAACCCUGCAGCAGUUUGGAAAUGACAUCUCUCCUGAGAUCGGGGAGCGGGUCCGCACCUUGGUGCUGGGGCUGGUGAAUUCAACCCUGACAAUUGAGGAGUUCCAUUCCAAACUCCAAGAAGCCACCAAUUUUCCUCUGCGUCCAUUUGUCAUUCCCUUCCUGAAGGCAAACCUGCCCUUACUGCAGCGGGAGCUCCUCCACUGUGCCCGCUUGGCCAAGCAGACCCCAGCCCAGUACCUGGCCCAACAUGAGCAGCUCCUGCUAGAUGCCAACGCUUCUUCUCCCAUAGACUCCUCCGAGCUUCUCCUGGAAGUCAAUGAGAAUGGCAAGAGGAGGACACCAGACAGGACCAAAGAGAAUGGGUUAGACCGAGACCCACUGCACCCCGAACACCUCAGUAAACGGCCAUGCACCCUGAGCCCUGCCCAGAGGUACAGCCCCAGCAACGGGCUGAGCCACCAACCCAACGGGCUGCCCCACCCCACGCCUCCCCCGCCUCAGCACUACCGCCUCGAGGACAUGGCUGUGGCCCACCACUACAGGGACACCUACCGGCCUCCCGACCCCCGAGAGCUGCGGGAGCGCCAUCGGCAAGUCGCCGUCCAUGGCUCCCGACAAGAAGAAGUGAUAGACCACAGGCUCACAGACCGAGAGUGGGCAGAGGAGUGGAAGCACCUCAACAAUCUCCUGAACUGUAUCAUGGAUAUGGUGGAAAAGACACGGCGUUCUCUCACGGUGCUGCGCCGAUGCCAGGAGGCUGACCGGGAGGAGCUUAACCACUGGAUCCGGCGUUACAGCGAUGCCGAAGACAUGAAGAAGGGCCCCAUCCCUGCCCCAUCCCGCCCACACAAUAGUUCCUCCAAUUCAGAGGGUCCCCAGUUAGAAAGUCACCGGGAGUUUGUACCCCGGCCUCUAUCCGGUUAUAUGCCAGAAGAAAUCUGGAGAAAAGCUGAGGAAGCUGUGAAUGAGGUCAAGCGACAGGCGAUGUCCGAGCUGCAGAAGGCCGUGUCGGAUGCAGAGCGUAAAGCCCACGAACUCAUCACGACCGAGCGAGCGAAGAUGGAGCGGGCCCUGGCCGAGGCCAAGCGGCAGGCCUCUGAGGAUGCCCUGACCGUCGUCAAUCAGCAGGAAGACUCCAGCGAGAGCUGUUGGAACUGUGGGCGCAAAGCCAGCGAGACCUGCAGCGGCUGCAACACUGCCCGCUACUGCGGCUCCUUCUGCCAGCACAAGGACUGGGAGAAACACCACCACGUGUGUGGCCAGACACUCCAGGGCCUCCAGGCAGCAGCCGGCCCCACUCCGGCCAACGGGGUGGGGCUGGGCGGGGUGGGCCCCGCCCAGCCGGACGUAGUAGCCGUGGCUGUGGCCACGAGCCCCAGCGAGACCAGCUCAGCAGCCGCCUCCCGCUCGGGCACCCCGGCCACUCCAGCUCCCCUGGAAACUGCCUCCCGCUAGCCCCAUCGAGGGGGAGGAAGAUACAAUGGAAACCGAGAACCUACAAGUCACUGCUGCUACUGCUUUUCUCCAAAAGAAAAAAAAAAACUGCAUUCAAUGCAACUUCCUCAGCUACCUGACGAUUUCAUUCGACCUCCAAACGACCUCUAUCUAUUCUAGUGAUCCUCACAGAUCUUCAAAACUGGGCUUUAAAAGUGGAUUUCACAAAGAAAGUACAAACCUUCUUCUCCGUUAAUCUGUCUUUCUGUCUUGUCAGUUUCCCUCUUGUCUCUUUCUCUCUGGUCUCUUUCUCUCUGGUCUCUUUCUCUCUCUCUCCUCUUCUCUCCUCUCUCGUUCUCACACACUUUCUUGUUUUCAAUUUGAAAAAAAAUAAUUGGUGGCUUAUAUUUUCAGUGAAGAUUUUUGUUUGGGGAGGGUGGGGGGGGAGGGGAGCUUGUUCCUUGGUUUGGGCAUGUUUCUUUGUUUUUCCCCAGAAGAGCUACUCAGAAAUGGACAGAGAAAACUGUGGGGUUUUCAUUUUUGAGUGUUUUCUUUUCUUUUCUUUUCUUUUCUUUUUUCAAUGAAAAGGGAAAAAGAGAACUGUUCUUUUUAUAGCUGGAUACUCUGCCAAACUGCUCCCCUUGUGUGAUGGGAGGGGCAGGUGCAGCAAAGACGGUAAGAAAGAUGACAAUUUCUGAUGCAAGAAAUGUUUUGGGUUUUAUUUUGGUUUUAUUUUUUAUUUUUUUUAAUGUCAAAACUCUUUGGCUUUAAGGAAAAAAAAUCCAAAAAGGUCUUUAAAAACAAAAGUAAAGGAAGCUUACUUGUAAACUACCUUGCUAGCUAGCCAAGAAUACCAGAUACACCUCUGCUCCAAAGGAAAUCCAAAAAGCAAACUCUCACAAGAAAACCAAUCCAGACUUCUUUUUGUCACUGCCAAAGUAUUUUUUUCCUGUUUUAUUACUCUUGGGUUUGUUUGAUUUGGGGCUGGUUGGUUGGCUUUUUUGUCUUUUGGUUGGGGUUUUGUGUUUUCAGAUGGGGGGAAGCCCCAGAUCUUUUUUCUCUUUUAAAAAAAAAUUAUCAAACAAGGACACUGGUUUUGUCCCAACCAAACAAUGAUGACCGUUCAGCUGGUGAGUUGAUGGCACCAGCAGUGAAGAAUGAGGCCCCCCAGCCCCAUUUUACCAGCUCAGCUCUCAGGCUUUGGAUCUCACUCCCCCUUUCUGCCAGACUAUGGGAUUUGCAUCCGUGGCUUCAGAGUUUGGUUAUUAAACAUGAAUAAAGGAAAAGGGAAAAAAAUCAUCAGGAUUGACCAAGCCCAGGAAAAAAUUUUAAAACCUAGUAUGGUGUGUAUAGGCAUGUGUGCGUGGAUGCAUAUGUGUGUGAGUGGAUGUGUGUGUGUAUGCGUAAGGGGAAAAUACCUCUAUUUUCCCACCCUCAAUGGAUUUUCAACGCAUUUAAUUUUUCCGAUGAUGAAAAACAAAGUGCUAAAAAAAAGUGUUCCUUUCUAGAGAGAGCAUUUUCCCGAAACAAAACUGUGACAAUCUUUUGGAUUGAUUCUUGAAUGCUUUUCAGAGCAUGAGCAGAUAGCAACUUAUACCAAUACUUUCUGCUUCUUGUUUUUGUCCUCUACCUCUCUUCUCUCCAUUUCCCCCACCCCUUGUCACAGUAUCUCCUUAUUCCUGUUCUCUCUUCCACACUUUUGCAGGAAAAUUCAACAAAACAAACAAACAACAGGAAAAAAAAACCACCACAACCCACCUUUGUAUUCUGCCCCCAUCCUACCUUCCGAAGACUAUUUUGAUUGCCUGUAUAUAAUCCCUUGCUUUUGUGUCCAGUUGUUUCCCAGGUGUUUUUUCCUCUGCUCCUUUGAUGGAACAUGAUAGAGCUUUUCAUUUGAACAUUUUCCCUAUAAUAUCACUGGCCCCCUUUUGCCCCCUUCCCUUGUCCCCCUCUGCCCCUUCCAACUCUCACAAGGAUUCCUAGGAGGAAAUGAAGGAGAAAGAAAAUUAAUACUUGUACUUAAUGGAAGAAAAACAAAAGAGAGACUAUGUAGACUAUUUUGCAUUUUCUUGUAUCAUUGUACAAAGUACAGAGGACGGGAGUGCAAUAUGGAGAGUGGCCCAGCUACUGAAAUAUGGGGGUUUCAAAAAGAUUCCCAGCCAGGAGUCAAGAAGUCAAUAUUGUACGUUAAUGUGAAUGUAUAUAGUAUUUGCAGAGGUCCAAAUAAUGAUAUUAAUGAUGAUGAUAAUAAAGAAAAGAUGUUUGCCAAAUAAAAAUAAGAGAAACCACUGAAGUAUGUAAAGUUUAGGAAACAGGUUUUAAGAAAAAAAAAUCCGAAGUGUGGUCCUCGGGGAAGCGAUGGAUUUUUUUUGUUUGUUUUGUUUUGUUUUAUUGUUAUUUCCCAGAGUCACAAAACAGCUGUUCUUUUUGUAAUAGAAAGGGAAGAUUAAAUCAAGUCACUGCCAACAGGGUCAUUGUCCAAAGGAAAUUCUGAUAGAUGAAACUUGAGUCCAGAAAGCAAAUUGGGUGGGAUAAACAAGAUAGUAACAUCUUAACACACACUCACUCACACACUAUCCCUUUGCAGUACAGGCCUCUACUUGUUUGACCAUUGAUUGCAUUCAUAGAGGCGUAAAGGUUCCAUUGGUAUCCCAAGAGCUAGGACUUCUUUAAAAUUAAAAUCACUCUUUAGGGAAAUGCAGGGCUACAGGCUUGUUCCACAGAGUUUUCUCAGUUUUGACCUCCAUUCUUCUCCCAAGCAUUGAGCCUGUUAACUGUACCAGUAUCAGAUUGCAAAUCUCUCCCACCACCUCUCCUUCUUCAUCCUUCCAUGUAUCCUCUUCCCUGGUGACCCUUGAUUCCUUGUCCUCUUGCUUACUCCCCUGUAGCUGAGUCCUUUGGAACUCCUUGGUGUCCUGAAGCCCAUUUACUUUGGGAAUAGGUGUGUUUCCCUCUAGACUGCAGGGUUUGAAGGAUGGAUUUGGGUGCCUUGGAUUAAGAGGAUCACUAGGCAGGUAGAGAUAAGGAGGUGACCGCCAUUUUGCUGAGCCGGUCUUCUUGGUGUAGAUGAAAACCUAACAGUCUCCUCAAUGCUGAUCUCUAAGGAGCAAAGUUGGUGAGGCUGUGGUUUCAGUUUGGAUGGAUUAGUGCCUGCCUAGCUUUUGCCUCAAGGAAAGAUAGAGAGCUCAGGCCAUGAUUUGGGAUGAACUCCAUGGCUAGUUUCAGGGCAGUAUUCUCACUGACCUCAAGCCCUUUGCUGUUAUGGCUUGGGGAAAGAAGGUAAUGGUAGAUAAAGGUAUCAGAGGCCCAGCCUUAUAAGAUGGGAUCAUUAAGUAUCCAGAAAUUUCCCACUUGAGUGGAAUCCUAGAACCACACUUUGCAUCUCUCCUACCCUCUGGGCAGCAGUGUAAGUAAUGUUGCAUCUUUUCUAAUGGAGGAACCCAACACCUAGGAAGGAAACUAGGGAACCCUCUCCCCUAAGCAAAUCUAUUCUGGGGUAGGUCCUUUGGCAUGCUCAUUCACUAGUGUGCCCAGAUUACAUUUCCAGUAUCAGAUUUUCCUAAUCAUUUCCACUUAGCUACUUCCCCUCUGGUCAGGCCCCAGAAUCAAAAAAUCCAUGGAGGCUGGACCAACUUCCAUAGAGGAGACAGAGCACAUUUCUCUGGUGCCAGGCCACUUAUCCAAACUUCAUUUGCUCUCUCCCUUUGCCCUCAGAAAACUUAAGAAAAUAUAGAUCAUCCCACAAGCCAUCCAGCAAAUGUGCAUUUAACCUUUGGGCUCAUUUACUGCACUGUUUGCUGGUCCUGAUGCUGAGUGUCCCUCCAGUAACACAGGAAGGAUUCUUGGCAAGUGACCAUUAGAACUUAGUCUUUUCGGUUCUAAAGAAAUAUGGUCUUGAGAAAGGGUGAAUCCUCGGGUUAGUUGGUCAGAGCUGCCCUGACCCUCACCCUCUAUCUCUGUCUUGAGGACUUCUUCCUAAAGAAUGGCUGAGCUUACUAACAGGAGAUCCCUUUGGUUGAUGACCCAACAGGGUACGUUGAGGAAGGGCUGGCUUUGGUUGAUUCCAAGUGGCUCCAUUACUAAAGAGGGCCAUGCUGUUGUGAGGUCACUGGUAUCUUGUCUGGAUGAUUAGGAAUUAACCUUCAGAGGCAGAGCUUGCCACGCAUCACCCUGGUCCCAAGCUAGUUCAGCCAAAGACCUUUUAGUGGAACCAAACCUGAAAUCCCAACUCUUUGUGGCAAGAAGGGAUGUUGGCAUUUUUGCAUUCUGAAUCGCCAGUGAUAGUGUGCUUUCUUUUGGGGGGUUGUUUGGAGAUUUAGGAAGAAAUUGGGCAACAUUAGAAUGCAGUAUACCCAUUGUAUUAAUGCAUCCUCGGUUCUGUGUACUGGUCAUCAUGCAUUUUUGUUACAUGAAAAGAGAUGAUAUGAAAAGAAGCAUUUCUGAUAUGAUCCACUGAAGGAGCCUGGUAGUCCUGAGUGCUGCUGGAUUGACUUUCUAAGUGUUCUCUUCUUUGGGAACCCUGGCCUCCCCAUGCCUCUCUGUCUCUGCCUCUGCCUCCUCGCCCCUGCUUAGAAGCUGUAUCCUGUCUCGCUACCUCCAAUGUGCUUAAGGACCAUAGACUAAGAGGUGUGGUUUGCUCACUUGUUUUUCCUUUAAAGCCACUGGUCAAGAUCACACUCGCCAUUGAACCAAAAGCUCUGGGAGAUGCUCGUGCUCCCAGAGCCCCCAGCAGAAUCCCAAACUCAAAAGACAGCUUUAAUUAGCGUUCAGAGGCCAAAGCCCACGGCAGGAGACAGUGGUCAGGCAGGAUAUCGGAGACGAACAGAUAGGCAUGGUGAUGGGAAGUGGUUCCUCUCGUGUAGACCAUUUAGAAAGAGAACCCAGUCCAUUUCCAAGAUCCAGACAGGCGACCGGAUUGAGGCAAAUUCUAUUUAUGUAUUCCCUACCUUGACUUGAGAUCCCAGAUAUUUUGAGCUAAGACUUCCCACUUACGGUUUUUUGCAUGAUUCUCCCAGUCCUACCCACAGAGCUUCUGAAGUUCCCUUCCCUCCCCAUCCCCAAGCCAGAGCUUCUCAAAGUGGGGAUAGAUGUUCUUUCUCUUUUCAUUGCUACAAGGACCUCCAUAGAUAGACUGGGCAGCAGGAAGGGUGUCUCUGAAGUCUUUGCCUUGCUCAGCUAUUAGGAUUCAAGAUGACUAGGUCAGGUGUACCCCAGGGCACAUUCUCUUAUCUGAAUUAGCUCAGAAUUUGGGACCCUGCAGCCCAUCACACAGAAGGGUACAGGAAGGGCCGGAGAAGCUCAAACCAAAUAAAAUGGAGGAGAAUGCCCCUUUCCUUUCCUGUCUUCCUAGAGAUUCAAAAGGUGAAAGGAUUGAGAUUUCUCAAUUCUUCACAUCUCUUCAUUUAGUAAAGCAGAUGCUUAAAGGACCUCAAUCUAAAAGCAAAGGGGCCCUGGGAUCCCCGAAACACCACCUGGGUGCCAUCCUUCUGAUGGCAUAAACUCGCAGCUCUUUUCCCUUCCCUUCAAUGAUUGGUGAAAAAGAGACGAUAGGGAACAGGACUUAAUUUACAACUUGGUGGAAUUGGGAGACUAUGAGGCAUGUGUGUCCAGAAGGCAUGGAAUAGGAGUGAGGAAGAAGCCAUGUUUGUACCAGGUUCUGACUGGGUUGUUGCCCUGACCUAAGGUGCGGAGAAGAAAAUUCAGGUCAAUGUGUUGGCCAUUGACCCAGGGGCAGCCAGCCAAGCUGAGGAAAGCACUGCCCAGGAGUCCUUGGGGCCCCCAGGCUGUUGGUCAGAGGCUGGAGGAAAGGGAACAGUAAAGCUAAGAAUUGGUUUUGGAUUGGUUUGGGUUUUUUAGUGGUUGGGGUUUUAUUUCAGUUCUUGUUUUUAGCAGGAGGGGACCUGCAACUGGUCCUUAUGCCUCCUGCUCAUUGAUUAUUCCAAAUAGAUACUCAGGCUGACACCAAAGCACCCAUUUCUGGCAUCCAUCCAUCCUUCCCUCCCAAAUUAGAGUCAACAGAUUCCCCACAAUACCAAAAGAUCUGUGAGGUGCCCCUGUUCCUGGAGCGCAAAGGGGGCUCAGGUUCUGAGCACCCAGUUGGCCCCAUUCACUGGCUUUUAGGACCAGAAGUCCCCGACUUGCCCAGGAGAAAUAGGGCCAGUGCCUCAGGAAAUGACUCAUUAUUGGGAGAAACUCUUUAAUGAUCUCCCAUUAAUGGUCCCUGAGCAAUCACACAGUGAGUCAGUCAACAAAUAUUAAUGAAGCACUUACUACGUCCCAGGCCCCACGCUAAAGCGGUGGGGUUUCAAAGCAAGGCGACUUUGCCUCUAGGAAUUGGGGUAUUGCUUUUUUCUCUGAAUGGAGGUGUUGGUCCCGGCCAUUUUUUGAUGUUGCCGAGGAUGAGACUUCCUUGAAAAGCUUACGGAUAAGUGAUUCCCUGUUUUCUGGUCAGAGGAGAGGAGCCCAGGCCCAGCCAACAACUGUUCAGAAUUUAGACCCACAUGGGCCUGGCUGGAAAGAGCAAGGGAGCCUUUCUUGGGGGCUGGUUGGUGUUGAUGGAGAAGGGCUUGCCGUGUUGGGAGGGAGCCCACACACCUGCUGACGGGCCCCAGGAUACACAAGCACCCUCAACCCCCAUCCCCGCCUCAGGCCUGUCUUCUGGCUGGCACAUUCCCUGUCAAGAAAUCUGACACUGGUUGGCUAGGAUCCCUCUCUCUCCCACUCAUGUCCUCAAGGGUCACUGCCCCUGGGACAAGAGGGCAACCGAAGGGAAGGGCUGAGUGACAGCCUUCCUCUUUCAAGAUGGUCCUGCUGACCAUGUGAGUGGUCAGCUCUGGCCAGGCUUCCCUCCCUCAGCAGCUGCUGAAUUUCCCUGAAGUCUAGCAGUGAAGGUUAGCCUCACUUCAUCCCCAUCCCUACUCCCACCGACUUUCGUAUGGGGCUGGCAGUCUCGAUCUUGUCUCUUUCCCGUUGAAACAAGGAGAGGAGAGACCCUUUAGUUUGGUAGUUAGAAAGGGAAGGUUUUCUAGAAAGCAGCUGCUGGCCCAAUGAGCUGUGGUGCCACUUAUUCCCUGGGAAUCCAGACGAUUGCCCUCUCAGGCUGGUCACUCCUUGGCAUCCCCAUCAUUCCUUCCCUCGAACCCGUGUCCUCUCUCCUGGGCGCUCUCUUUCCCUGUGUUCUGAUGGGCAGCCCUAGUUCUGAGGGCUCAGUGGCUCUUCCCAUUUGAGGGAACAGCCUCAACAGCCAGUUGACCUUGGGGCUACUCACCCACCUUAGGAGCUUAUUCCAAAGCAAGGCUGGAGUAGAGUGAGGAUGACCAGGAGUCAAAGAUGGGGGUGAGGCAGGAGAGGGAGACUGAGGGACUAUUUGCUGUUCCAUUCAGCAGAGGGGCCCACUUACUUCUGAAAGUGGCACAGCAUCGAUCUCACAGCCAUGAUGUAUAGGCUCUGGGUGUCGGGAGAAAGAUGCCAAAAAAAAUAAUAAUAACCAUCAUAAUCAUAAUGAUCAAGCAAAGUCUUAAAUUAUGAGAAAACAUAGCUUCCCAGACUUACUGCUCCAAUCGCCUGAAUUCAGCAAGCCCUGGGCUCCCUUCCAAGCCUGACAAAUCUGAGUCCCAAAGAUGCCUCAACAGCAGCAGUUAAUUGUUUCGGAUCUAAUUGGACCUGAUUUCCUUUUAAAUAGACAUGAAAGCACUUGGCGUUUCUGUACUGGCCUCUCUUCCCUCUGGGCUUCCCUCCCUGCCUAGAUCAUCCCCUCUAUGUUCUUCCCCCCCCACUGAAUUCCCUCUGAGAAUCUCCUGGUGGGAAAUAGGAGGGAGAGUGAGGUGGGGCAACAACUCCCUCAGAAUACCAGCCAAGAGAUAUACUAUAAAACCUACCCAAACACAAUACUUGAACUAAAGGUCCUAGCAGGCUGAGGCAAGAAUGGGAGGAGGGUGGUGGGGAGGCCGGGAAAGAGUCUUGCUAUGGAAGACUGGUAGAUGAUUGGUUUGAGGCCACCACUCUACCCCUCCCCUCCCACGAGUUGAAAGAUAAUUUUUAAGAAAACUAGAAUUUUAAUAAAAAGCCCUUGUUCCCCUGCUGUUCUUUGGGCCCCAUGGCCUCUCUAGAGAAAUGACGCUGUGUUAGGAGUCUAUGGCAUGCUGUUCCCUCCCCUUUGCUAUGUCCUGCUUUCUCUAAAUGUACUGUAUGUUUGACCUGUGGAAGCUGUAAAACAUUAUGAUUCAGGUUAUGUCUGUUCUUAACUCUGUAUCUGUGUAAUAAAACAAAAAUUUAAUUAUCACGCGA